AGGGCGAGCGGGCUUUGGGCGGGAGUCUGUCUCUUUGGAUCCCUAAAAGGAUUCAGAAGGGAGUCGGGAGCAAGAGUCUAGACGCCUAGGUCUCCUGAGCGUCUCUCGGCUCCCACCCGGGGCUUUCCCCACCUCCUCCAGGGGAAGCAGCUGGCGGAGCCGUCCGGUCUCAGGACAAUGGAAGGAAACGAACUAGAAAUCAUAUCCGCCCUUUCCCUCCCCCUCCCAGUCAGAGCCCCACUUUUUGUAUGCCCUGCUAGGGGAACCUGUCAUUCAAAGCACCCCUCCGGCUGUCUGAGACCCCACAGGAGCCCACUAUCGCCUUCCCAAACCUGGUGCCUCGUUGGGCUCCCCUUUAGGUCCCGUAAUAGCGUACAUUGGAAAGGGAAUUUUGCUCUAUUCAUUCUCCUGUAACAGGCUCCUGACACUACCUUCUAAAAGCCAACACACUAAUUUUCGAAAUCUCAGCUGCCCCACCACACCGAUGACCCAGUCACCUAUAUUUCCAAUCUCUAUAUCCCCAAACUUCUCUCCAAUUCCAAUGUUCCAUCUCGGUUCUACUUUCGGUGACUUAAGACCCCUUAGGUUACGACCACCCAACAUUUCUGAGGUCCCGCCCUAGAGCCGGAGACCCCGCCCCGGGCUCGCCAUCUGGAGAGCGAGGAAGGAAGGAUACAGACCCAGGCGUUCACCCCACCUCCACCUCCGCCCCCGACAUCCCGGCCAGAUAAAGGAGCCGAGACCAACAGGGGAGAGAGACCCCGCCCCCCACGAGAAGAGAAGCCGCAGCCCCUGCAGGACGGGGGCCUGCGUCGCGAUGGAUUCCACCGCUACUUCGGCGGGAGCGCUGGACUACGUCCGCGAGUUCACUCGCCACUCCUCCGACGUGCUCGGCAACCUGAAUGAGUUGCGCCUGCGCGGGAUCCUCACUGACGUCACGCUACUGGUUGGCGGGCAACCCCUUCGAGCGCACAAGGCAGUCCUUAUCGCCUGCAGUGGCUUCUUCUAUUCAAUUUUCCGAGGCCGCGCAGGAGUGGGAGUGGAUGUGCUCUCCCUGCCUGGGGGUCCCGAAGCCGGAGGUUUCGCCCCUCUUCUGGACUUCAUGUACACUUCGCGCCUCCGUCUUUCUCUGGCCACUGCACCAGCCGUUCUUGCGGCUGCCACUUACCUGCAGAUGGAACAUGUCGUCCAGGCAUGCCAUCGCUUCAUCCAGGCCAGCUAUGAACCUCUGGGCAUCUCCCUGCGGCCCUUGGAGGCAGAACCUCCCACGGCCCCAACGGCCCCUCCACCAGGCAGUCCCAGGCGCUCCGAAGGGCACCCAGACCCACCUACUGAGUCUCGCAGCUGCAGUCAAGCCCCCCCCAGUCCAGGCAGCCCAGACACCAAGGCCUGCAACUGGAAAAAGUACAAGUUCAUCGUGCUAAACUCUCAGGCCUCCCAAGCAGGGAGCCUGGCGGGGGAGAGGAGUUCUGUUCAACUUUGCCCCCAAGCUGGGCUCCCCAGUGGAGAUGAGGCUUCUAGCAGCAGCAGCAGCAGCAGCAGUGGCAGUGAAGAAGGACCCAUUCCUGGUCCCCAGAGCAGACUCUCUCCAGCUGCUGUGACUGUACAGUUCAAAUGUGGGGCUUCAGUCAAUACACCCCAUAUCAUACCCCAGGCUCAAGAGGCCAUUACAUCACCCUCUGGGCAGGCUUAUCCACCACCAGGAAGUGAAUUUUUCAGCUGCCAGAACUGCGAGGCUGUGGCUGGGUGCUCAUCUGGGCUGGACCCUUUGGUUCCUGAGGAUGAAGACAAGCCCUACAAGUGUCAGCUCUGCCGGUCUGCCUUCCGCUACAAGGGCAACCUGGCCAGUCACCGCACGGUGCACACAGGGGAAAAGCCCUACCACUGCUCCAUCUGCGGAGCCCGCUUUAACCGGCCAGCUAACCUGAAAACGCAUAGCCGCAUCCAUUCGGGAGAAAAGCCCUAUAAGUGUGAGACGUGUGGCUCGCGCUUCGUGCAGGUAGCGCAUCUGCGCGCGCACGUGCUGAUCCACACUGGGGAGAAGCCCUAUCCUUGCCCCACCUGCGGGACUCGCUUCCGCCACCUACAGACCCUCAAGAGCCACGUUCGCAUCCACACAGGAGAGAAGCCUUACCAUGAACCAGUGACUUCAUGAAGCUUCUCCGGAGCCACCUGCAUCCUGCUGCUCUGAAGUCACUUCCUGCCUGAAGUGUGGAAGAGGCAGGGAGAAACCAGGAAGCCACCAAUAAUACCAAGAAGCUGGGGGAUGAAUCUGUGCUGGACACCCCCUACCACCACCAUCAAGGAAAAUUGAUAGGACUUGGAUCCUAUGAGAACAAUAGAGGCUGGAGGUGGCAGUGAGAAGAUUAUGUGGUUAGAGCCAACAUGCCAACUCCACCCCUCCUCCAGCAAUGGUAUCUUGAAAUCUAUCCAUUGCCCAGUGCAUACUUCUCUCCCAUCCUUUCCCCUGUCCUGUAUGUGUCUUGAGUGCACAGCUCUGUUCUUCCCUCUGGGCAGAGGGUAAAGGGUCACUAAUUCCGAUCAGUUACCUUCCUUUUGGACUCUGUGAAAUAAGUUCAUUAACAUGGUCUCUGCAGUUCCUUCCAACAUUUACAGUUUGAGAUUGUGUUUCUCAGGCUUUUAAAAUGCAUGACCUGAAUUAGAUUUUUAAAAAGCAAAUAAAAAAAAAUGAAACAAAGACACUAAACUAAAACCUUUCUUCUCCCACUACAGCAUAUCCCCUGAUGAAAAUGAGACUAGCUAAUAUUACUUAUUUCCUGUGACAUGUCAGGCCCUCAACUAAGCAUUUUGAUGCAUAGGUUAUUUAAUUCAACUCCCCUGACAGCUCUAAAAAGUAGGUGCUAUGAUUAUCCCCAAUUUACAGAUAGAGAAGCCAACUAAGAGGUUCAACAUCUUAGCUACGUUAAUAAGGGAAGCCAUGAUUGAAAGGACAAUUCUAAAGACUGCUCGUAACUACUAUGUUAUACCACCACACCAUUUUCUACAUCAUUGGCAUAUUU